UCCAUGUUGUUAAAAUGUUGCUGCUCUCUCGUGAAAUCAUCAAACGAAGCAAUGGGUGGUGAGAGAGGUUCAUCACCCAAGAGGGAGUCACGCCGAAGGAGGCAUUCAAGUUCUUCAUCUUCAGUUUCCUCACGUUCACACAGCAGCAGAGUUGACCGGAACCGGGACCAUGUCAGAAUAAAGCGCAACCCUGAGCCUUCUCAAUCUAGAACUAGACGUGACGAAUCAUCUCACAGCCAGAGACGACGAAGAAGUCGAUCUCCAAGCAGCAGCAGCUUAUCGUCAUCGGGCAGGGGGAGGGACAGACAUCGGAAGAAACAUAAAAGACGUCAUUCAUCCUCCAGUUCCUCCUCCUCAGCCUCCUCGUCAUCCUCCUCAAGUCAUGACUCUUCUUCAUCCUCAAGUAGUUCCAGUUCAUCAAGUAGAGAGAGAAAGAAACAUAAAAAAAAGAAGCGGCGGAAGGAGUCCAAAUCCAAAAAGAGGCACAAGAAUCACAAAAGGAAGUCAAAGAGUAAAAAGAAGAAGACUGAGGAAAAGCCGUCAGGGCCUAUUCAACUUUCCAAGUUUAUUAAGGAGAAAACUAAAGAGGAAAAGCGAAGCAUCAUCUCGGGCAAGAAGAUCCAGAUGAAAGUGAAAAAAACCAGCAAGGACAAAGAGCGUGACCUUAACAGACAAGACCUGCUGAACUUUCUGAAUUCCACGAUGUGACGCAAGGGAUAUUGUGUUAGAGUUGUGAAUGAAGGUUGUGAGUGCACUGUAGGUAUCCAACUAGAUUCUACCAGGUCAACUUCUGUCUGACAGGUAUCUUCAAGUUGCGCACAAAAAACGUACUGGUUUGCGCGAAACUGUUUGUCACCUUUGAACUCCUUAGUUAUUGUUUCAAAUGUUCCAGUCUUGACAGACUAUCUUUUCCAGUCUCGAAAUACAGCUUUUUAGUGACGUUUUUUAAUUGUGUCUCCCACAAAUUGAUUAUCUCACUUUUCAACAAAACGUAUAAUCUAGCGUGAUAAUGACACAGUUCCAUCUUGCAAAACCUCUUCUUAUAACAUUGAUGAUGCCGUAUAAAGGCCAACAUUUUUUCAGCUGGUCAGCUGAUUGCCUCAUUUUGGGUUUUCGGAUGUAAGCCAUUGAUGGUAGCCAUUGAUAACUGAACAAAGACUUGCUGUACCAGGCAACUUUUUGUUUUACUAGUUGAAUACCUGUUAAUAGCAUGGAGGAAGG